AUGGAGAGAGUGUGGGCGAUGUUGAAGCAUCCGGAGGAUGUGUACCCUGUGAUAAAGCUGACGAUGGCAGCGAGGCGCGUGAAGAAGCAUAUUCCGGCGGCGCAGCCGCACUGGAGAUUCUGCUACACCAUUCUCAGUAAGGUUUCUAAAAGCUUCACGCUCGCUAUCAUGCUGCUCCCUAAUGAGCUUCGCGAAGCCGUUUGCGUUUUCUAUUUGGUUCUUCGAGCACUUGACACUGUCGAGGAUGAUAUGAGCAUAGCCACAGAGGUUAAAGUGCCUAUUCUGAAGGAUUUUCAUCGUCACAUAUAUGACAGCAAAUGGAGUUUCUCUUGCGGUACAAAUGCUUAUAAAGUUCUCAUGGACCAAUUCCAUCACGUUUCCAUUGCUUUUCUAGAACUCGAGAAAAAUUAUCAGGAAGCAAUUGAGGAUAUUGCCAUGAGGAUGGGUAGAGGGAUGGCAAAGUUUAUACGCAAGGAGGUUGAAACACUUGAUGAUUACGAUGAAUAUUGUCAUUAUGUUGCUGGGCUUGUCGGACUAGGCUUGUCAAAGAUUUUUCAUAUCUCGUGUAAAGAAGAUUUGGUUUCAAACUCUCUCUGGAAUUCUGUGGGUCUGUUCCUUCAGAAAACAAACAUCAUUAGAGAUUAUCUGGAGGAUAUUAAUGAGAUACCCAAGUGUAGAAUGUAUUGGCCCCGCCAGAUUUGGAGUAAAUACGUGGGAAAACUUGAGGAGUUGAAAUAUGAGGAGAACUCAGUGAAGGCAGUGGAAUGCCUGAAUGAAAUGGUUACAAAUGCUUUAUCACAUGUGGAAGAUUGUUUGGCUUACAUGUGUGCUAUCCGGGAUCCUUCUGUCCUUAGGUUUUACGCUAUUCCACAGGUGAUGGCCAUGGGGACAUUAGUCAUGUGUUACAACAACAUUCAAGUCUUCAGGGGUGUUGUGGAGAUAAGGCAUGGUCUUGCUGCUAAGAUAAUUGACCGUACUAAAACAAUGGAAGACAUUUAUGGCAUUUUUUAUGAUUUUUCUUGUAUGUUAAAGUCAAAGGUUGACAUGGAUGAUCCAAAUGCUUCCAAGACUUUGGAGAGGCUUGAAAUAAUUAUGAAGACUUGUAGGGAGUCUGGAGCCCUAAACAACAGGAAAUCUUACAUUGUGAGGUCGAAGCCUAAUUACACUUCUGCUUUGAUGGUUGUCUUCUUUAUCAUUAUUCUGGCUAUAUAUCUUGGAUAUCAGAAGCAAAAUGUAUUCCAACGUGACCCACGGCUGCAUUAGCUCAAGUCUUCAAGUGUUCUCACACUUUUUAUAUGGAGUAUUUUAUGUAUAAUGCGAGGUGAUUGAUGUAGUUGAAGAUAUUAAUAAUAAUUAAAUAAAAACACCUGAGGUU